CCGCGGGGCUUCCUUUACCUUCCUUCGUCCACCUCGCCCCCAGGUGAACACGGUUGGGUUUCCGGCGAUUCGAUCAGGCCAUCCGCGUUGCGACUCGGAAGAUGGUGCACAAAAGGUCCACCGGGCGAUUCGACUCCAGCGGCGGCGCCAGCUCCAAUGCCGCCGCUCCGGGCUAUGCACCAAUGGAGUUCACGCACAAGGGUAUUAAGACAGAUGAGCGUCGAGUGGCAAUUUUCCCCACAGAGGCGCUAGCACCUUACGAAUCUUCUGCUCUAAGCUCAGGAUACCUCUUUCCUCAGACUUUUAUUAGUCGGUUGCCCAUGGUCUUUCUGUUUGCUGUCCUCUUCUCAGCGUGUUUUGUCAGCUCAGAUGCACUUGAUCCUAAUUCAAAGGAGGGAAAUUGCAACUUUAACAUGAUUGGGAUCUCAGCUUUAUCAUGCCAGCAUUUCAAUGGAUCAUCAAACUUGCCCUCUGCAUCUUGCUGCACAUCAUUGCUAUAUGCAAUUGAUGAGUUGCCUCCUGUUGGCGAGAGUGGAGAGUGCUGUUUAUGUCGUUAUACCAUUAAUAGAGGGCUCACACCUAAGUUGCCGACGUCAUACAUUGCUUGCAAUGGGAAGGCUAGAGCUAAUGUUACCAAAUGGACGUAUCCUAUUCAAACAUGUCGGCCAGCUUGUAAAGGGAGGAACACCUUCCGUGGUAAAGAUACUCCUGCACAGGUGGUGGAUCAUUGGGGAGGACAUGGAAGCAUUAUCAUCAUAAUCCUCGCUGUUGUGUCACUCUGUCUCAUAUUGUUGGUUGGCAUCGCGUGCUUUUGCUGGUCGAGGCAAACAAGAAGAAGGCAUGGGUCACUUCCCGUGAGAAACUUGGAAAUACAGCAAGGAGAGAUGCCAGAUGAGUCUGGUUCACAGUCCGAAAGCAGUCGAUCAUCUGGACAGCUUAAGGGGCGUAGGAAUUCAUCAGGACGGCGGCGUUCGCUUCUUGGUUCACCCAAUGUGUGAGGUUGUGUUUGGUUAAACGGGUUCUGGAUCUGCUGGUAGGAGUAGAACUUCUCUGAAAAUAUACCCGGUAUAAACGUAAGCCCUUUGCUGCAUAACAAGAGCUGUAAAAAAGCACUGCAUAACUAGAGGAUACUUGGUGUUGGAGUACUUUUGGAAGAGGUUGUACGUGUUGCUACUCUUGUUAUGGUUGUUACCUCUCUGC